AUGCCAGGAGGCGAAGGAUUCGGCGGAAACAAGAAGAAGGAUGAUAAGAAGAAAGAAAAGCCAAAGUAUGAGCCACCUGUAGAGUCUAAAUUUGGAAAGAAGAAGAGAAAGGGACCAGACACCGCAGUUAAACUCCCUGCUGUGUACCCUAACACAAGAUGUAAGUUGAAAUUGUUGAAACUUGAAAGAAUCAAGGAUCAUUUAUUGUUAGAAGAGGAAUUUGUCACCAAUCAAGAAGCUUUUCAACCUACUGAGGCUAAACAAGCAGAAGAACGUGAAAAGGUUGACGAGUUAAGAGGUUACCCCAUGCUGAUUGGUACCCUAGAAGAAAUAAUCGAUGACGAUCAUGCUAUAGUUUCAUCUACUGCAGGACCUGAGUACUACGUGUCAAUAAUGUCUUUUGUGGAUAAGGGACUUUUAGAACCAGGAUGUUCGGUCUUGUUGCACCACAAGACUGUUUCCAUUGUUGGUGUAUUACAGGAUGAUGCAGAUCCAAUGGUUUCCGUUAUGAAAUUAGAUAAGUCACCCACAGAGCUGUACGCCGACAUCGGAGGAUUAGAAUCACAAAUACAAGAAAUCAAGGAGGCUGUCGAACUUCCCUUAACACAUCCAGAAUUAUAUGAAGAAAUGGGUAUAAAACCACCUAAGGGUGUUAUUUUGUAUGGUGCCCCCGGUACUGGUAAGACCUUGUUAGCCAAGGCAGUUGCAAAUCAAACAAGCGCAACAUUCUUGAGAAUUGUGGGCUCCGAGUUGAUUCAAAAAUACCUUGGUGAUGGUCCAAGAUUGUGUAGACAAAUCUUUCAAAUUGCAGCUGAACAUGCGCCAUCAAUUGUCUUCAUUGACGAAAUUGAUGCCAUUGGUACCAAGAGAUACGAGUCCACAUCCGGUGGUGAAAGAGAAAUUCAAAGAACAAUGUUGGAAUUGCUUAACCAGUUGGAUGGAUUCGACGAUAGAGGUGAUAUUAAGGUCAUUAUGGCUACAAACAAGAUUGAAAGUUUGGACCCAGCUUUAAUUAGACCUGGUAGAAUUGAUAGAAAGAUUUUAUUUGAAAACCCAGACGGGAACACAAAGAAGAAGAUUUUAGGAAUUCACACUUCUAAGAUGAGUUUAGCUCCAGAUGUUAACUUAGAUGAAUUUAUUACUGCUAAGGAUGAAUUGUCUGGUGCUGAUAUCAAGGCUGUUUGCACAGAAGCUGGGUUAUUGGCUUUGAGAGAAAGAAGAAUGCAAGUGAAGGCUGAUGAUUUCAAACAAGCAAAAGAAAGAAUUCUUAAGAAUAAGGUAGAAGAAAAUCUUGAAGGUUUGUAUUUGUGA